UUAUAUUCUCUCCAUCCCUCCUCGCCCGCCCAGCCAGAUCGACCGAUCCCUUUCCUCCCUGCCACCCUUUGACCCCUGUGCGGCUGCGCCCCCCGCCACCCACCUCGCUCCACUGCACACUCAUCACUCCCUUGCUCAGAGGCUGAGGAGGCGAGGGAGCACUGUACCGAAGGUGUCGGCGGCGGCGGUGGUGGGAGUUUGCGCGUGUUGACGAAGGAGACUGGAAGCGGAGAUGCCGUCGCCCGCCGCCCUCUGCGUCUUCCUCCUCCUCGCGGCGGCCAGGGCCGAGGACCCCUACCGCUUCUACACCUGGAACGUCACCUUCGGCGACGUCUACCCGCUCGGCGUCAAGCAGCAGGGGAUCCUGAUCAACGGGCAGUUCCCGGGGCCGCAGAUCGACGCCGUCACCAACGACAACAUCGUCAUCAACGUCUUCAACAACCUGCCCGCCCCCUUCCUCCUCUCCUGGCAGGGGAUUCAGCAGAGGAGGAGCUCAUGGCAAGACGGCGUGUACGGCACAAACUGCCCGAUUCCUCCGGGGGGCAAUUUCACCUACAACAUGCAGUUCAAGGACCAGAUCGGGAGCUACUACUACUUCCCUUCUCUCGCGUUCCAUAAGGCGGCGGGCGGGUACGGCGGCAUCAGGGUCCUUAGCCGCCCGAGGAUCCCGGUCCCGUUCGAUCCCCCUGCCGGUGAUUUCACCAUAUUGGCUGGUGACUGGUUCAAGCUCAACCACACUGAUUUGAAAGGCAUUUUGGACAGUGGUAACGACCUUCCCUUCCCUGAUGGGCUCCUUAUCAAUGGCCAUGGCUCGAAUGGCAACAGGUUCACAGUAGACCAAGGGAAAACAUAUCGUUUUCGGGUGUCAAACGUCGGCAUCUCAACCUCGGUUAACAUAAGGAUCCAGGGCCAUUCCUUGCUCCUGGUGGAGGUGGAGGGAUCGCACACCAUGCAGAACACCUACUCCUCGCUCGAUGUUCACCUCGGCCAGUCCUACUCAUUCCUCGUGACGACCGACCAGCCACCCCAGGACUACACCAUCGUCGUCUCGACGCGCUUCACCAAUCCGGUGCUCACCAACACCGCCAUGCUCCAUUACAGCAACUCGAAUGGCGUCCCUGCGGCGUUGCCGCCUCCCCCGGGGCCGACGAUCGAGAUCGACUGGUCUCUGAAUCAGGCAAGAUCAAUCCGGUGGAACCUGACGGCGAGCGGACCGAGGCCGAACCCUCAGGGCUCGUACCACUACGGCCAAGUGAACACUACGAGGACGAUGAGGCUCGCCAACUCGCGGGUCACCAUCAACGGCAAGCUGAGGUACGCGGUGAACAGCGUGUCCUUUGUGCCGGCUGACACCCCGCUCAAGGUGGCCGACUUCUACAACAUCCAGGGGGUGUUCACGCCGGGGAGCAUGCCCGACGCCCUGUCCGGCGGCCCCGCGUACCUCCAGACGGCCGUCAUGGCGUCCAACAUGCGGGACUACGUCGAGGUCGUCUUCGAGAACGCUGAGGGCUCCGUGCAGUCCUGGCACAUCGACGGCUACGCCUUCUGGGUCGUCGGGAUGGACGGAGGGCAGUGGACGCCGGCGAGCCGUCAGAACUACAACCUGAGAGACGCGAUCGCUCGGUACACAUUGCAGGUGUAUCCUAGUGCGUGGACGGCGAUCUACAUGCCGCUGGACAACGUGGGGAUGUGGAACGUGAGGUCGGAGAGCUGGGGCAGGCAGUACCUGGGCCAGCAGUUCUACCUGCGGGUCUACUCGCCGGCCAACUCGUGGCGGGACGAGAACCCCAUCCCCAAGAACGCGCUCCUCUGCGGCCGCGCCUCCGGCCGCCGGACCAGGCCGCUCUGAAGUCGGUUUUCGUGUCACGAAGGGGUGACUGAAUCUGAGAAUCAGGUUGCUGAGCUCCAAAUUCUUUUGACUGAAAACAGGCUUUGAGAUGGUUUGUAUUUGUAGCGGCGUGCCGGUGCUAUUCGUGAUUCUUUUCCUGGAAAUUGUAGGCAAAAUGUUAUGUAUGGCAAGCAUCUUGCUUGCUCUUGUAGUUUGAACUGCAAAAAUGCCUUAUAUUUAGUUGCAGAGGUAGUACUACAUUAUUA